CGGCGCCCGACCCCCGCCCCGGCUGCGGGGAUCAAAGCGGGAGCGGGGCGGGGGGCGCGGAGCGAACUUGGGCAGGACGCGGGGGGCCGGCCCCCUCCCGCCGCUCGGCCGGUGCCCGGCGCAGGCCGAGGGGCGAAUCCGCGUGGCCGGGCCGGAGUUUGCGGGCGAGGGAGGGGAAAGGCGGCCGGCGGUGUUGGGGCGCGAACGGAACAUCGCACAGGGACCGCGGGGAGCGGCGGAGAACGCCCCAACUUGCUCGGGCGGCGGUCRGGGCAGCUCCGCGAUUUGGCUCUUGCCCCGGUGGCUGGCGAGCGGGACGGAGCGGGGCUGCGGCAUUUCUGGGUAACGGGCCGCUUUCCCCGGGGAGGCUGCCUGCUGUUUCCCGGGGAGAUCAUGAAACGACAUCGGCUUCCUAGCAGCAGUGAGGACUCUGACGACAAUGGCAGUCUGUCUACUUGGUCCCAGCAUUCCAGAUCUCGCCGUCAUCGGACUUCGUGYUCCAGAGAUGAAGACCGGAAGCCUUCUGAGGUGUUCAGAACGGACCUGAUCACUGCCAUGAAGUUACAUGACUCCUUCCAGCUGAACCCUGAUGAAUACUAUGUGCUGGCAGAUCCCUGGAGGCAGGAGUGGGAAAAGGGAGUUCAGGUGCCAGUUAGCCCAGGGACCAUCCCAGAACCAGUAGCCAGGGUUGUGUGGGACACCAAGGCUGUCACCUUCACUCGUCCCAGGAAGUACAUCGUGUCCUCGGGCGCUGAGCCUCCCGAGCUGGGCUACGUCGACAUCCGCACGCUGGCGGACAGCAUGUGUCGCUAUGACCUCAAYGAUGUGGACGUGGCCUGGCUGCAACUUGCCAAUGAAGAAUUCAAAGAAAUGGGGAUGCAUGAGCUGGAUGAGUACACCAUGGAGAGGGUGAUGGAGGAGUUUGAACAGCGCUGCUACGAUAACAUGAACCACGCCAUUGAGACGGAGGAGGGGCUUGGCAUUGAAUACGAUGAGGACGUCGUGUGUGAUGUCUGUCAGUCCCCAGAUGGAGAGGAUGGCAAUGAGAUGGUGUUCUGUGACAAAUGCAAUAUUUGUGUGCACCAGGCAUGCUACGGGAUCCUGAAGGUGCCYGAGGGCAGCUGGCUGUGCCGGACGUGCGCGCUGGGCGUGCAGCCCAAGUGUCUCCUGUGCCCCAAGAAGGGCGGCGCCAUGAAACCCACCCGAAGUGGCACCAAGUGGGUGCACGUCAGCUGUGCUCUCUGGAUUCCGGAGGUGAGCAUUGGAAGCCCUGAAAAAAUGGAGCCCAUCACAAAAGUUUCCCACAUUCCCAGCAGUAGGUGGGCACUGGUGUGCAGCCUUUGCAAUGAAAAAGUUGGAGCUUCAAUACAGUGUUCAGUGAAGAACUGCAGAACGGCCUUUCACGUCACCUGCGCGUUCGACCGCGGCUUGGAGAUGAAAACCAUCUUGGCAGAGAACGACGAGGUGAAGUUCAARUCCUACUGCCCCAAGCACAGCUCCACCAAGAAAGCAGAUGCUGAACCUUUGAACGAGAGCCCAGGUCAGGAGAACAGCAAUGGCAUUCAGGACAGCUCUCYUCCUGCCCACAUCGACCCUUUCCACAGCAUGGAUCAGAACCAGGAGGAGGCCCACAGGGUCAGCCUCCGCAAGCAAAAGCUCCAGCAGCUGGAGGACGAGUUCUACACCUUCGUGGAGUCUUUGGAAGUGGCCAAAGUGCUGCGGCUGCCCGAGGAGCCGGUGGAAUUCCUUUACCAGUACUGGAAGCUGAAGAGGAAAUCCAACUUCAAUAAGCCUUUGAUUACCCCAAAGAAGGAUGAAGAGGACAAUCUGGCUAAACGGGAGCAGGACGUUCUGUUCAGGAGGCUGCAGCUCUUCACGCACCUCCGGCAGGACCUGGAGCGGGUGCGUAACCUCACGUACAUGGUGACGCGGAGAGAAAAGAUCAAGAGAUCUGUGUGCAAAGUUCAAGAACAGAUAUUUAAUAGCUAYAUAAAGCAGUUGGAACAAGAAAGAGUUUCAGGUGUGCCUUCCUCGUUCUCCUCCAUGGAAAACACGGUGUUGUUCAACAGCCCAUCGCUGGGCCCCAACGCCCCCAAGAUCGAGGAUCUGAAGUGGCAUUCUGCGUUCUUCAGGAAGCAGAUGGGCACAUCCCUGGCCCACUCCUUGAAAAAACCGCACAAGAGAGACAGGGUAAGAGACAGGUCUGGCAGCAAAUCCUUACUGAGGCAGCCCAGCCCCAGGGAAGGAGGUGCAGCUCCGGGCAGCUUUUUAACUUUYGACAAGACCUUCGCCGAGACACGGAUUGUGCAGCAGAAAAACGGCAUCGUUAUAGCAGAGCACAGGAAAAGGAGAGAUGAGCGCCCACAGUGCGAGGUGGUGAAGGCAGAACUGAAGGAAAAGACUUCCAAACACAACCACAAACCGCUGAGGCCCACGGAGCUCUCUCAGAGGCAAUCAGAAAACAAAAGGGCUGUGAACCACUCCAGUGGUAGGUCAGCGCCUGGCACUCGGAGGGAUAUAGUGCCUAAAUGUAACGGGGGUCUUGUCAAAGUGAACUCUCACCAGACKGUAGUUAAAGUGCCUACGACACCCACCAGCCCGGGGAAAAACUGGGGCGGAUUCCGAAUUCCAAAGAAGGGGGAGAGGCAACAGCAGGGGGAGAGCCUGGAGGAGGCCUGCAGGCAGAACUCUGGCUACCCUUUCCUGGGUGUGGGCAGAGUUGCAGCCAAGGAGCGGACAAGGAGCAAGUUAAAGCCCGACAGCGAGAACGAUGGGUACGUGCCCGACGCUGAAAUGAGUGACUCGGAGACUGAGGUGGCUGAAAAGAAGUGCAGGCAGCAGAGGCUCAGUCCCAACAGCACCAUCAGCAGGAGGACGGACAUUAUUCGCAGAAGCAUCCUGGCAACCUGACUGAACACGGGCGUGGGGUCAGUAGAGUCACUGCCUACGAGCCAACUCCACCUUAUUCCCUGGUGGGAGAGAGGAGCAUUCUUAGAGCUACAGACCGACACAUUUAAACCCUUUUUUUUUUUUUUUUCUUUUGAGUUGUAUAAAUAUGUUUACAUGCACUUAAAGCUGUUUUAAGCUCUUUGGUUUUGUUUGGGAUUUUUUAUUUUUUCCUCUGCUCCAUCCACAUCCCCUCACCUACCCUGUUUCUGUGAGAAGUUUGAGUCUCCCUUAUUUGCAGCUUUCCUGAGUAAGCAGAGAAUUGACAUCACUACUAAAACAGGAGUUGGGAUGCACGCAAUUCACAAAAAUCUUUUAAAAUGGGCUAGGUGGARUCAGGCUGCAUUCAUCCCUUCUAGCUAAAAGGCACUGAAAAUUUUACUCCCUUCCCCUGACUCCUGGAAAAGCACAAGCUCAUAAUUUAAGUGGUGUGUAUUGAAUGGAAGAUGGUUGUUAGACCAUCCUGCACUACACUGCUAAAUCCUAUUACAGCUGCUCCCUGUCCUGUGGCAGGGGCAGCUCUUUCUCCUCUCUUYGCAGAAUGUGUUCUGUUACAUUCACUUUGAGCACGGGUGGCAGCUCAGACCCCUCCAAAUGCUCCAGAGUUUACAUGUACGUGAUGACCAGGCACAGCCGUGAAUUGUACUGGAGGAGGAGGAAGGGACAGGGCAGAGAAUGGCACUGACCCAGAGGAUGUUCCCAAAUGGCUGUUCUGAGCCAGGGGCAGGUUUGUGGGUUUCCAGCACCCCGUGGAAUAACCCUCACUCUUAGCCAGGCACCUGCCAGCGGGAGUGUGAUGACAAUUCAAGACAAAAGUUUUCUAAGGCACUAGRCAGUAGGAUUUCCCAAAGGCCACCACAGAUGCACUAAUGAUAUGUACUGGGACAGGCUUAUGACACUAGAAGGUUGCUUUAAAUGGACAUGAAUAUAUAUUUUUAAAUAGGUGAAAAUGCAGAGGCAAUACAUUGGGAUUAGCUCUUUACAGUCAAGCARAGAAAAACUAUUUCGUUCUACUAUGGAUUAGAUUUGAUGGAAGAGGGAACUCGUAUUCUGAUUGUGUACUUUUUUAAUAACUGCAAGUGGCAAUAAUGAGUAAGCUGUGAGCAAUAAUAUUAACAGGUUGUGAGGAAACUGUUUUGUACCGAGCAGAGCGCACACAGUGCAGCAGAGCAUCAGGAGCCUGUAAAUUCUGGAAUUCUUCGUAGAUAUGAGACAGGUACGUACUGGUGAAAACAUUUUAGCAGCAAUGUGUUAACAGAGAGCCAGGCAUAAAGAACCUCCUUCUCCUCCCCUUUCCUAGUCCCAGCCUGCUGUUAGGGUAUCCACUCGGGAAUGUCUGACCCUUGCUUCCUGAGGAGGGGAAUUCUGGGAACCCAGAAUUCCUCUGCCAUAGGACUGAGUCUUCCAGAGGAUUCAAUCAGAAAACAAAAAGGCUUAGCACCCUACCUUGCUAUGCAAGUUAACAUUAUCAAUUAAAUAUUUCACCAGAAUGCAUCCCUAUUGUUUUAAAACUCAGAAGUCUUAACCUCUUGAGGAAGGGGARUUUUAUGUAAGGUAAUAGACUUUCAAAAUCCCAUCUCUGGUCCCAGGAAGUCAGAAUAAUUACAUGACUUACAGAGGUGAAAGGCAGGACACKGGUGACUGAGGUCACUCUGGGGAUUCGUUCUGAGUAUUAACAGCAGACAGACAAAAGGUAAAAGCGGGUAAGUUCAACUCAACAUCCAGCACCGUUCUCCAGCCAGGCACUGGUAUUUUCUGUAAGAAAGAAGCUCAUGACCACAGAGGAAUUGUCAAGCCAURGAUGGAACACCCUAAAUUUGGAUUCUGAGUAACCCUUUAACCCCCCCACCCACUGGGCAGAGGUACCUUGUUAAUUUGCACUAUGAUGAACACUGAUGUUGUGCAGUGAAUGCCUGGCAUAGAGGCUAAAAGGCUUGGUGAGGUUUCCAGCCAAGUUGAACCCAAACCAAAGCCAGCUGUGGUACGACCAGCUCUGUAGGAUUCUGUCUCUGUGCUUAGCGCUCAGCAGGAGGUGCUGCAGGUACUGCAGUGACAAACCCACCCCUGUUUAAUGGGAUUUGCUGGAUUUCUGUUCCUAAGCGUUACCUUUCCUUGUGCUGACUGACCAAGAGAUCUUUGAUAUGAUCGGUGUGUUGUCCAACUGUAGGCUAGUUGAACGUCUGUGAAGUUGCCUGGAAUGCCAUUUGUUAGGUUACAAACUCACACAGAUCUAAAUGAAGGGUUCAUGUUGUGUAUAAACCUUGAUUUCRGAAAUCUGAGACAAUUGUGAUGACAUUUGUAAAACUUGUACAGAUUUUUCACUAUGUGCCUAGCUUUGGUGUCCAUUCAGCUGAAAUUAAAAAAAGGUGCAUGAAGAGAAACAGAAAUAAAAA